UAUUUCAUAAGAUUCUUAUUUUUUCUUAUCAGAAUCUCCCGGUGAAAUGGUCGUGGAACGAGAAUGAUUUUUCUGUGAUAACAGCUGGCGUGGGUUUUUUUUAGAAUAUCUUUCUGGAGUCUCACCUCUCUGUGUAUAUUUUUUUUUAUUGGUAGUCUUUAAUUAUGGCUUUUAAUCAGUUUUAUAAAUUUUCACAUGCCAAAAAUUUGAUGAGACUUUUUCCUGGUGUGAGAAAAUGCUCCAGAAACUAUACAAAUACCACAGAUCUAAAAGAGGUUAUGGCGAGAUGUAUAAUAGAACAUCAGAAAAAGGUUAAAGAAUUUCGGGAAGUUUAUGGCAGUAAGGUGAUUGGAGAAAUUACUGUUGAUCAGGUUUAUGGUGGAAUGAGAGGCAUGAAAAGCUUAGUUACAGAAACAUCUCAUCUUGAUCCAGAAGAUGGAAUUGAAUUCCGUGACUUCACCAUUCCACAGAUAAAAAAGCUUCUUCCAAAGGCUAAAAAUGGAGAACAGCCUCUCCCUGAAGGAUUAUUCUGGUUACUAUGCACAGAAGAUAUUCCUACUUUAGAGCAGGUUCAAGCAAUUUCAAAGCAGUGGGCAAGUAUGGCAGACCUUCCACCUCAUGUGGUUACAAUGCUUAAUAAUUUCCCCUCUCAUAUGCACCCAAUGUCGCAGUUUAGUUCUGCUAUUCUUGCUUCCCAAACAGAGAGUAAAUUUGCACGAGCUUAUUCAGAAGGUGUGCCAAAGUCAACCUAUUGGGAGUAUGUUUUUGAUGAUGCUAUGGAAAUGAUUGCAAAAUUACCAACUAUUGCUGCAAUAAUUUAUAAAAAUAUGUUCAGAGAUGCCUCUCCUAUAUGUCCUAUUGAUAUGGAAAAGGAUUGGUCAUAUAAUUUUACAUCUAUGCUUGGCUAUGACAAUGUUGACUUCACUGAACUAAUGAGGCUUUAUCUUACAAUUCACAGUGACCAUGAAGGUGGGAAUGUGAGUGCUCAUGCUUGUCAUUUAGUAGGAAGUGCAUUGUCGGAUCCAUACUUAUCAUUUUCUGCAGGAAUCAAUGGCUUAGCUGGACCUUUACAUGGUUUAGCCAAUCAAGAAGUUCUUGUUUGGUUAACAAAGCUUCAGGAACAGCUUGAAGAUGAUUAUAAUGAAGAUAGAGUUCGAGAGUUCAUAUGGAAUACCUUAAAAAAUGGCCAGGUAGUGCCUGGAUAUGGCCAUGCAGUGUUGAGAAGAACUGAUCCCAGAUACAUUGUUCAACGAGAAUUUGCUUUGAAACAUUUACCACAUGAUCCAUUAUUUAAGUUAGUUUCUCAACUGUACAAAAUUGUACCAAAUAUUUUAUUGGAGCAAGGAAAAACCAAAAAUCCCUGGCCUAAUGUUGAUGCUCAUAGUGGUGUUCUCUUAAAAUAUUAUGGUAUGUCUGAAAUGCAGUACUAUACUGUUCUUUUUGGAGUUUCUCGAGCACUGGGGACAAUGGCCUCAUUGGUCUGGGAUCGUGCUCUCGGCCUUCCGAUCGAAAGACCAAAAUCUAUGACUACAAUAGGACUUAUGAAGGUUACAGGAGCAAUAUAAUAGGAAAUUUCCACUGUAACAACUAGUGUUUGUAGUAAUUCUUAUACUCUGGGAAAAAAUGUUCUAAUGUUUUAUGUGUUGUUUCUAAUCUUAAAAAGUUCUGAUUGUAAUUUAAAGAUAUAAGAAAGAAAUAAUAUAUAAAUAUAAAAAAAGUAUGCCUUUAAUUAUAAUAUGAAAUCAGGGAAAGUGAAUGUAUGAUUUGUGUGUCACAGACUAAGCUUGACAAGGAGUGGCAAACCUUUUUAUGUUACUGUGCCAAAAAUGAAAACAAUAAUUAUGUACAGAAAACGGGGCUUCAUUGAACUCAAAUUAUUGACCUGGUUCAGCUUUAGUUCCUAGAAAAUAUUUAUUUUUAAACAUAUAGAAAUAAAUUAUAACAGAAUUUUGUCAUAUUAAAGAAGGCAAUUAUCUUGUUUGAAAUAAAAUUAAAGCUAAUUUCAAAUUAUUUUAUUAACAUUUUUCGUUUUUAAAUAAUAAAUGAGGAAUAUUUUAUGCCUGCUCCAUAUUUAAAGACUUUCAGCAACAUACUUUUUGUAUGGUAGAGUUAACUUUUAAAUACACAAAUUCAUAAGCAUACCCAAGAAAAGAUGUUAUAUGAAAUUGCAUGGUUGAUUUCAGCUUUAUAAGUUUAAAUUUUUAUCAUUGGCAAAACUAUCUGUUAUACGGAUACUAUUGGUAGAGAUCAGUGUGGUUUUAAGGAGGGAUAAAUAAAGCAUAAUGAAAACUGAACUUUUAAAUUAUCGUACUGGAAACAUUUCUUUCUAGAAACAAUGACAAAAUUGUCAUAGCUUUUCCUUUUUGUAAGUGCUAACAAAAUUUCUUUGAAUACUAUCCCUGGCAUGCAUGCCAUACCUGUGCUAAAAACCAUCCUGAAUGCAAAAUGUUCGAAAACUUACAAGAUGGAAAAUCAUGCAAAUUCAUACAUUAUAUAUAUCAUGAAUUUGUUUAAUUAUAUCAGAUGAUAUUUUAUUGUAUUAUCAAAGGUAGUAAAUGUUACAUUUAAAAAUUAAGAGAUGUUUUCUGAUAGGCAUUCAUUGAUCUUUUGAAAUUCAAAAUUCUAUUUUAAUCAGGUCAGGACAUAAAUGGUACUUUAGGAUUAUUUAAAAGCCUAACAUUUUUAUCUCUAAAUAAUAUUUAAAAUUCAAGUACAUAAGCAAUAACAUUAUAAACAUUAGAUGUGUAUGGUAGAGAAGGAUGUAUAUAGUUCAUAAAAGUAGUAAAAUAUUUCCCAAAGCUGCAAAAAGCAUUAGUAACUACAAUAUAACUAACUAAAGCUUGUAAGUGUGCAAAUGUUAAGUUUUUUUAAAAGAAUUUUAAGAUUUGGAAUAAAAAAUUUUCGAGUAUAGCUAAAAUUAACUUAGCAAAAUAGAAGUCUUUAGGAAGUUAAGACAAUUACUAGAAUGAAGAAUAUGCAGCAUUUUAAAAUUUUAUUCACAAAAAGUAUAAAUUUUAUUUGCUAAUCAAAUUUUUUUUUUUAAAUAUUACAAAUUGCCUUCAUAAAUAUGACAAAAUAAACUUGUGAUGGAUUUAUUAAUAAAAAGCUACAACUGCCUCUGAUGUUAUUACACAACUCUAUAUUGUAUUACUUGUAGGUAUAAGCAUUGGCCUUAGUAAUAAUACACAACGCAUAUGGGACGGCGCCUCUUAAAUUUUUCAGUUUGAAUGCUGAUGUUCGCCUUAUAAGUCAGGUGAUCUCUGAAACUAGGAAAGUGGUUUAACAGGUCCUAUUACUUAAGAAGCUCUGCUUGUUAAGUAAUAGGACCUGUUUUGCUUGUAUGUGUAAGAAAAGGAAACCUUUUUGCACAUUUCAGAACUGGUUUUUGUUUAUAUUCAGAACAAAGAUGUGGCCAUCAUAAAGGGGAAAAAAAAAUUUUGUUUUAUGCUCGGUUAACGUUAAUAUGUCACAAAAUGAAAUUUUGACUUGUUCAUUGUGCAUAUUUUUUUUUAUACCUCAAUACAAAACUUUCAGGGAAAAGUUAGUAAUAAAAGAAAUUUGAUAGUUUUUAAUUGUAAAAUUUAGUUAAAGGCAUAUAUAUAUAUGCUCACCAUUGACGAUUAGUGAAUUUUGAGUGGCAACGUAUAUGCUUAUCUUUUUAAUUAAGAGCUGGCAAUUUUUAUAUUUUAUUAUUUUCAGAAAAUUUAGCCUUGAAUGAUAUUUUCCCCCUGUUUUUGCAACAAUUUUUGGAGAAAAAAUCCUAUUUUCUUUCUUAUCUUUUCACAAUUGAUUUCUGAUUCCCUGUUUGAUAUAUCAAGUUAAUAAAAAUAGGAAUUUUAAAAAAUUAUGUUGAAAUCCAUAGAACUCACUGCAAAAAACUUUGAUUUCUCAUAUGCAAAAAUUGAGAUUUCUGAGUAAUAGUUUAGUUUUAAAAAUAAUGUAGAAAUCUAUAGCUGCUGAAUAAUUGGUUAGAGAAAGCCAUGUUGAAAUAGCUUGGCUUAUGUCAAACGUGUGCGACAAAAAAAAUAUCAUUCAAAUGCGCAAUUUGGAAUAUGUAAUAUAAUGAUGUCAUAAUAAUUUGUAAAAAGCAGGAACAUUUGUUUUUAUCCACAGCAACUGCGUAACUAUUGUGCUAAGUUCAGGAUUUCAGAAUUUUUGCAGGGCCAACAGAUUCGAAAGUUUUGCCGAAUUUUACAAUAAAAAAAAACCUGCUAUCGUGAAACCACAAAUUCUUAGAUAAAAUACAUAAUUUACUUUGAAAUUACACAUAGAUAUUAUAAAUUCUAAAGAUUUUUAUUAUUCUAUACUUCUCUUAAAAAGCUUUAUAAUAUUUUAUGUGUAAAUAUUUAAUUUAUUUUGUAAUAAGCAUUCCAAGUAUGAUAUAUUCCAUGAAAUUUCAAAGGCAAGAAACUAGAAAUGGGAGAACUGCUAAUAUAUUUACUGGCUACCAACAUUUUUCGAUCACUGUGUAGUUAGAACACAUUAAAUCUUACAUUGCAAUAAAAGAGUACUUUAUUGUAUCAGAACUAAAUUUCAUGAAAGAUUUAAAAUACAUGUUCAUUCUACAAAA